GGCAAACAAGAACAUGAACUCCUCUGCUGCAUCGUCGAUCUCCAAUAUAGACAUGAACAUAAUCAGCUCGUCGUCGUCGUCCCUUUUACCACCGGCAGGCCCUUACAACGGAGGCGUCAAGCCCUUCAAACCUACCCCGAUGGAUAACUAUCUGGAGCACAUCCAGAAAGAUGACCCCGAGAGCCUGAACCAGGCUUUGAUCAAGGACUUUAUGUCUCCUGUUCUUGCUCCCUUGAAGCUGCUGAUUUCGCUGCUCAACAAGGCGACCCUGAACCUGAGCUAUAAGUGUAUCGACGAGCUUUUGGAGAUCAUCCCCAUUUUGUCUGAUUCUUCUGACAUUAGCGGCAGAAACUUCAUUCACCACCAUGUCAUUGCUCUGGGAAAACAGUAUGUCAAGAAGAAGGAGCAGCAGGUGGAGAACCAGACCAUCCCGGUGGCCCAUACGCCUGCGGAUAUUAAUUUCAGACUGGUGUCAACCUUUGGCCCCGACGGAAUCAACUCGAAUGAUUCUUCGCAGGGUCUGCUGUACAUUUUUGAGCACCUGCCUGCGCACUUGAAGUUUGCCAUUUUGCAGAAAGACACGUACAAACGGACUCCACUCCACUACGCGGCACAAUACGGCCUCAAACAGGUAACCCAUAUUAUUCUUGAAUUUCUGAAAAAAUGGGGGCUUUACAACGAGAACAUUUCUUUGGACGACAAACAUGUGUGGGGGGACUCUGAGCUGCUGACGCCCUUGCAUCUUUCAAUUCUCGGCACCCACCCAAGGACCACAGCCGUACUGAUUGAUGCCAUGAACGAUAAGGUUGUUCUGACCUGUCCUGAGCUACUUCUCAUAGCCACGCGACUGGACUCUCCGGAAAUCAUCGAGUCGCUACUCAGAUGUAAAGGAGCCAGCAUCGACUACGCAGACCCAGACACCAAGGAAACAGCGCUCUAUAUUGCAGCCAAGCUGGAUCUCCGGAAAUCUGUCGAGUUCCUGUUAUCCAGGGGAGCAAACACAGAGCUGGGCGAGGCCACGUUUGGAUGGACGCCUGUUUUCGUGGCGGCCGCUGAAGGAUACAAAGACGUGGUCCAGCUACUUAUCGAUCAUGGGGCCAAGUUUGAUUUGCAAGACCUCAGCGGCUGGACGCCGCGAGAACACGCUUGCCUGAGAGGCCAUCUGGACAUUGCUCGGAGUCUCACUCCAAAGGACUACGAUCCUUAUAAGCUGCUGGAGUCCAAACCUAUUUCUCCUGUGUUAUCGCCGCAGACCAAGCCGUACAACAUGAGCGAGCUGGCCACCAGUUUGGAUAGGAUUUCCGACAGCAACAACGACCACAACGUCCUCAAACAUCUGAAACAGCAGCGAUCUGCAUCGCCAAACGCUCGUCCUGUCAAGUCUUUUGGUCACCAGUACUUGAAACCCAACGAGUCGCUGAUUCUUAUUACUCUGGGAACCACUGAUCUAAGAGACAAGACGCCUGCGAUUGACUUGAAGCGAGUUCCGUUGUCCAAGGCCCAUAGCACCGAACUCGACACUGCGCUGUCGAUCGUUAUCAACGCCAAGAACUUGGACCAGCCGUCGGUGCUUUUGGAUUUGCCGUUGGACGACAACCACGGAGGUGCCAGCGACCCUAUUAGCUUCAAAUGCGUCGAUAAGGAUCCUCUGGACACGGUGAUUUUCUUCGACAUAGUGCCUACAUACCAGUCGGUGGAGGAAAAUAAGGAGAAGAAGAUUCUGGGGCGAGCAGCUGCUCUGCUACGGUCUGCGUACACCAAAGUGGGCCCGAAUCUGCGGUCCCUGUCGAACUCGAUCAGUCUGCCAAUCCUGGAGUGCGACACGCUGGAGGUGCUGGGAACCAUCAAGUUCGAGAUCAUGCUAAUUACGCCGUUCAGACAUCCAAAGAUGGUGCUCGACAGACCAGAAACGUACUGGAAGUCUUUGGUUUCGUCACGAGUCAUUGGCCACCGCGGAAACGGAAUGAACAGCCGCGACCGUAAAUCGCUGCAGCUUGGAGAAAACACGGUCGAGUCGUUUAUUGCGGCAGCGUCGUUAGGAGCCUCGUAUGUCGAGUUCGACGUUCAGCUGACCAAGGAUCACGUUCCUGUCGUGUACCAUGACUUUUUGGUCGCCGAGUCUGGCAUGGACGUUCCUAUGCAUGCGCUGACUCUUGAGCAGUUCCUCGGACUCAAUAAUACUGACUCCAAUAAGCAGAACGGCAUCAAGGAGAGCAGAGACGACUACUACCUUUACAAGAAGUCACGUGGCCGGGCCGCGUCGUUCGAGCCGCACACGUCUGUUCCUAAGGAGAAGGAUAGCGACGACAUCUCGCCCGAGAACGAGCGGAUGAAGCUCACCAAGACAUGGAAACUCAAACAGUACAAGGGAAACUCGCGUGGGUCCUCGAUUGCGUCCUCGUUUGUGACGUUGGUGGAGCUGUUCAAGAAAGUGCCGAAAAACGUCGGCUUCAAUAUCGAGUGCAAAUAUCCGAUGCUGGACGAGGCCGAGCACGAGGACAUGGGCCAGAUCGCGAUCGACCUGAACCAUUACGUCGAUACAGUGCUAAAAGUGGUGUAUGAGAACGCGGAUGGAAGAGACAUCAUUUUCUCGUCGUUCCACCCAGACGUGUGUGUGCUGCUUUCCUUGAAACAGCCAUCGAUCCCGAUUUUGUACCUCACGGAGGCGGGGACACAGCCAAUGGCCGACGUGCGGGCCAGUUCGCUGCAGAGCGCCAUCAGAUUUGCCCGCAAAUGGAAUUUGCUGGGAAUCGUGUCUGCUGCCGACACCAUUGUGACGUGUCCUAGACUCGCCUCCGUGGUGAAGGCGAGCGGACUGGUGUGCGUGACGUAUGGCGCAGCAAACAACGACCCUGAAAACGCCAAGCUGGAGAUGGCGGCAGGCGUGGAUGCCGUCAUCGUCGACAGCGUCCUGGCUGUGCGGAAAGAAUUGACAAAGACACGAAACGAUGACGUGAAAUUGCUGAGUGGCUAAGCUCUGCUGCACAUGCUACUGUGGUGUGCGGGUGUGCACACCUAGCACCACCAAAAAGCAACCGUUGCAUAUAUAUAGUGCUAGGGUGUGCAGAACAUAAGAUUAAAUGUCUUCUACAAUUCUUGCUUCCGGCAUCCCAUUGGAGGUGUCAGACUCCGAGGUGGAGGAGUUUUUCAAUUUCUGCGGCAAGACCAAGACGAUAGCCACCGUCGACAAGAACGAAAAGACCAAGACGGUCAAGGUGGAGUUUGUGAAUGCGAGUGCUGUUUCCACGGCACUGUUGUUGAACGGUGCCGAGCUAGGUGGCGGCAACAUUAAGGUCAUUGGCGAGGGCCUGGCCAAGCAGCCUAUUGUGCCGACGAGCGAGCUGAAGCCGGCUGAGGUGAGCGCUCCAGCUAGUGGCGACAUUCCGCAGGAAGAUAAGCCCAAGACAACGAUUUUGGCCGAGUACCUGUCGCAAGGGUACGCCCUUUCGGACGGGCUUGUGCAGAAGGCGGUCGAGUUUGACCAGAAGAACGGCAUCUCGUCAAACUUCAAACAAUUUCUGUCGAAUUUGGACUCCAAGUACCAUAUCCAGGACAAGAACCAGCAGCUGCUAAACCAGGCCAACUCACAGCUUGGUCUGGAUAGCAAGAUUGCUAUUGGCCGCACAAAGCUCGAUAGCUAUUUCGACAAGUUCAAGAACGACAAGCUGGGCUCGAGAAUCCACAAGUUCUACACAGAGGUGGCCAGUGACGCGAAACAGGUGCACGAGGAGGCCAAGCGGCUAGCCGAGCUGAAGAAGGCCGGUCACCACUCGAACAUCACGCCAGAGUCCACGACUGUCCAGCUGGCAGCCCAGGUUCCGCUGGAAGAGAGUAAGUAAGAGAUUAAGUAAUGGUACGAAUAUUCCGUUUUCGGCAACAUGUCCUAAUCGAGCAACCCUAUUUGGGGUAGCGAAAUUUCAAGUGCAGCAUUUAUUGCUAAGAAAUACUAAGACAAUUAAUCAAUGCCGUCCGCAGAAAUCGCAGACCUGUUGACGCCGUCGCCCUCCAAGUCGACCAGGACUGGUGUGGUGACCCAAUUGAAGCGUGUGGCCAGCGCUUCCAAGGACAAUAUCUGGGUUUCUCCGUUCCGUCCAAAAGGAAGGAGCCCUCACGCAGCACCAAAGCAGGAGAAGACCAAGGAAAACGAGCCACUGACAGAACCAGCCACGGAGCAGAAAUCGGAUGCCGAGUCAGAGACACAGGAGGCGAAGCAGGAAGAAGCUGUGGAGCCACAGACAGAGACGACAGACACACAGAAGCCUGCUGAGCCAGAAAACGAGCCUGUUGCAGACACUGCCUCCGAAGAGGCGCUUGAGGAGACGACAGGCGACGUGGUGGAGGACGAAGAGCCGAUAGGCGAGACUGAGCCGGCUGGCCAGUCGGAGCCGCUUGUUGCGCCCGCCGACGAGAUCGAGGCGACCUUCGACAAGCCCAAGAUGCUCAAUCGGUACAAGGAAAACAAGCUUUUAGCGUCGCAGGCACUGAACAAUACACAGGUGCAAAAUAUGGACCGAGUGCUAAAUCUCGGUGCUGGGCUGAAGCUGACCGAGGCGCAAAUCUACGAAAUUGCUAAAAAGAGAGUUGCUCCAGUUUUGAAACAGGUGGACGAGCAAGUGCAGGAGAACUUCAAGCGGGACGAAUUGCGUGCCAAGGAGGAAGAGGAGAAGUUUGUCAAGAAAGAUGAGUCGAAGCUUGCCAAAGAGCUCAAGAAGUACACUGCUGCCAUCGAGAAGGAGAACGCUGCCAUUAUGGCCUCGUUUGCCAAGCCAAUGAAGAAGCUUGACGAGGACAUGGCUGCCAGCAAGAAGGCGUACGAGCAGUAUAUUGCCGAUGUGAAGGCCAAGAUCGAUCAGGACGCCAUCGACUACGAGGAGGCCGAGAAAAAGGCUGCUGAGAAGCACGUGACCGACAAAGAGGGGCUGCACGAGCGUGCCGAGCAGCGCAGGCAAGAGCUGACGGAGGCCCUGGCCCACGCCAAGGAGCAACAGGAGGUCGAGACUCAGAAGGAGAAGGAAGUGCGCGCUUUGGGCGAGGAGUACAAGCAGAAGGCUGAUGAGGCAGAGAGCCAGCUGAGCGAGAAGGAGAAAGAGCUCGAGGACAAGAUUGCGCUGUUGGAGGGGCUUGUUUCGUCAAAGUACGAGAAACAGGUCACCAUUGCUGGGGCCACAAGAAAGAAGCUCGAGGCAGAGCGCAAGGUGGCCAUUAUUGAUGCCCAGCAUGCGCAGGCCAAGAGCAAUGCCGACAAACUGCAGGAGCAUGUUAAUUUGAUCCAGAGCCAUGUGGACCAGCACCAGGCAAAGAAGGAGCAUUUGAGUACCGAGGGCCAGAAACAGCUGGACGAGAAGCGUAGCGCAGCAGAAAAGGCAAUUGAGGACUGGGAGCUUGAGAAGCAACAGAUGAGAACUGAAGAAGCCAGAAGGCAGGAGCGGUUGCGCAUUGAGGCUGAGGCCGAGCGCAAGCGGCUUGCGGAGGAGGAGGAGAGAAAGAGAAAGGAGGAGGAGCUUGCUGCUCAGCGGAAGGAGCAGGAGGAGAGAGAGGCGAAAGAGAGAAAAGAGCAGGAGGAGAAGGAGAAGCAGCACAGUGCCGCUGGAGCUGUUGGCGUUGGGGCCGCUGCAGGUGUUGUUGGUGCAGAUGUUCAGGCCAAAAAUGCCGGCAGCCAGAGCGUUCCAGGCAUUAAGAGUUCUCAGCUAGAAGGCAACACUGCUCAGAAGUCAUCUGAUGAGCCAAAUCCGGAAACCGCUGCGUCGAUUACUCCUGUGGCCGAUUCUGGCAAGCCAGAUGAGAACGUUUCCAAAGAUGUUGCUGCCGUUGCCGAACCUACUGCCGACGCAAGCUCGCCAUCGUCUACUGAAUCCAGCAAGCCUAGCAAGUCGAAAGCACCGUCGGAGGUGAUCACCACGGUGACCGCCACGGGAGCCGCGGCCGACGUUGCUGCGGCCGCGAUUGACGCUGCCGGCAUUGACGCUGUCACAGAGCAGCUCGAGAAAGGUGCCGACGUGGCCGAUAUUGCCAAGCUCGCAGAAACCAAGAGGUCCGUCGAACCUAUCCAGGAGGAGCCAGAGAUCAAGAACGGAACCACUAUUGCGUCAGCCUCGACCCCGGGCGCCUUUGUGGCUCCAAUUACUACUUCUGUCCCUGCUGUCUCUGCUCCAGGCUCUCCAUCCACUCCUAAAAAGGUGGACUCUUUGGAGGGGGCCAGUACGUUAGGUUCCAAGACCAAGUCGAAAUCCAGAGCCAAUUCUUUGACUAAGAAGCUGUUCCCGCUGUCGAGAAGUAGCAGCAAGAAGCAGGAGCCCAAACAAAAUUCUGCCACCAGCGAGACUCCUCAGCCAGAAAGUGCCGUUCCUCCAGUCACGUACAAGUCGUUGGACCCUGCUGCCUCCGAGGAGUCUCCUCCGGUGACUGCUAAAGGCGAAGGUGACUUCGACUCGAUCGAUGCCCGGACGCGAGCCAAGCCGGUGUUCACAGAGGUUGUUGACAACGACGAUUACCAGGAGGUAAUCACGUACGAGACUGUGGACUCGGCUGAGUACGAGAAAAACAAGCACGAUCCAAACUACAUGAAGGUGCCUGCGGACGAGUAAGAAGUGUAUUUUUGUGUAAGAAUCUGACAUUGUAUUUUU